AUGCCGAGAAUGCUAUACUUUGCUCUGGUGCAUGCAGUGGCGUUGCUUUUCGGAGUCUUGAUCGUCUCCGCCCCUGCAGGCGUGCAGUCCAUUGGUGUGUGCUACGGGAUCAUCGGCAGCAACCUCCCUUCGCCGCUUGACGUGGUGCAGCUCUACCGCACCUUCGGGAUCUCGGGCAUGCGCGUCUACUCCGUCGAGCCCCCUACCCUCAACUUGCUCCGCAACACUGGCAUCGGUCUCAUCCUCGGCACCACCAACGAUGAUGUUAUUCGCCUCGCCGCCAGCGACUCCAACGCGGCCUUCUGGGUCCAAACCAACGUCAAGCCCUACUACCCGGGAGUCCAAAUCAAGUACAUCGCCGUCGGCAAUGAGCUCACGGGCGGCGCCACGCAGAGCAUCAUCGCCGCCAUGCGGAACCUCAACAACGCCCUCGGUGCCGCGGGGUUAGGCGCUAUCAAGGUGUCCACGGCGGUGAGGAUGGACGUGCUCGCCAACUCCUUCCCGCCCUCCGCCGCCGUGUUCGCGCAGUCCUAUAUGAUCGACGUGGCGCACCUCCUGGCCACCACUGGUGCACCCCUUCUGGCCAAUGUGUACCCCUACUUUGCGUACAAGGGCAACCUGGGCGACAUCGACCUCCGCUACGCAACGUUCCAGCCCGGCGCGCGGCCGGUGAAGGACAGCGGGAAUGGGCUCGUGUACAACCACCUCUUCCACGCUAUGGUGGAUGCCAUGUAUGCCGCACUGGAGAAGGCUGGGGCGCCGACGGUGAGGGUGGUCGUGUCUGAGAGCGGAUGGCCGUCGGCGGGAGGGGUGGCGGCAACGAUUGGGAACGCAAGGGCCUACAAUCAAGGACUGAUUGACCAUGUAGCACACGGUACGCCCAAGAAACCUGUACCAAUCGAGGCGUAUUUGUUCGCGAUGUUUAACGAGAACCAGAAGCCCGGGGACGCGACGGAGAGGAACUUUGGUCUCUUUAACCCGACCAACAAAACGCCGGUGUAUCCCAUUACUUUUGCAGGAUCAAUGGCAGCGAACCGCACACGCUCGCAUGUACUAUUAUCUGGUACUGGUUGA